AUGGACAUGAAGCAUGCAAAGGGAGGGAAUAAUGUGCACAAUGACACCAUCAAGGAGUCUUUCUCCAGUAACGGCCCAGUGGUCGAUGCUCACAGCAACUCAACGGAAUGUGGAACUCGGGAUGAAGGUACCUCGAAUGGCUUCGUUCGUCAAGAUAAGGUCACCAAACGCUUUGAGGCCGAGUUGAAGGGGUCGUUUCGCAAGACUUGGCAAGGAGCUGGCGGAGCGCUUGAACUCCGGCGUGAAGCUCGUUAUAGCGAAGUCGAGCUAUAA